GCAGCAGUGAAACGGAAGGAGAAAAACAUCAGUCAGACCGAACGCGACCUCAAAAACGGAAUGUGAGGGGAGAAAAAAAAAUGCAAAUGGCAAACGAAAAUGUUGCUAAAAAAGUAUGUGAAAACGCGACGCAAGGUGAAGAUUGUGCUGCUGCUGGCGAUUGUGGGCCUGCUCGUAAUCACCAUCAUUGUGCUGGGCUCCACGGGCCGCAAUGCUGCCAUCGAGCUGCUGCUGGACGAACGAUUUAUUGCACGGGCGUAUCGGCCUGGUGACAAGCAGCAGCCGCAGACAUUGCAGGAGCAAAAACAACAACCGGCUGUGGCGGCGGCGGUGGCUCUGCUCCAGCCGCAGCGUGAGAAUGGUGUAAUUGUGCCGGAGAAGUAUGAUGAGCAUAAGAUCAAGGCGCGCAUCAUACAGAACCGACUGGACCAGAUCAAGCAACAACAGCAGCACGACCACGAGGCCGAGCAAUCGCGCACCACGCUGGAGGUGGCCACCACAGCUGUGCAUAUUUUCUACACGGCCCCAGUGCCCUGGUACAAGUCCAAGAAGCCGCCGCCACCGCCCGCUGAGCAUCCGUACGAUGUGCCCCUGACGACAACACCCAAGGCGGUGAGAAUACUGAACACUGCCUUCUAUCCGGCCUUGGGUCUGUACAAGCCCAGCGUCUCGUUGCUCUCACAGCACUUUGAGAACAUACGCAGCUGCGGCAUUGGCGUGCUCAUACUCAGCUUUACGGGCAGCGGCUCCAGCAAGCCGACGGAGACGGCUCUGCUGCAUCAAAUCAUUGAGCUGGCACCGCAGCACAAUCUGACGGUGACCUUUGAGCUGAGCGUGGCCGGGAAUCAGAGUGUGGAGUAUGUGCGCCAGCAGCUGCAGGAGAUUGCAACCUUCGCCAGUCUGCCUGGCUUUUAUCGGGUGUGGAGUCAGUCGCGAGGAGCAGCCAUGCCCGUGCUGUAUGUGAGCAAUGCCUACAAGCUGAGCGACAGUCUGGGGCGACUGCUAUGCCGCACACCUGCCCAGGUGGAGCCCGAAGGACUAAGGCGCGUAUUGGAUGGUUUCUUUAUAGGCCACAUACGACUCAAGAGCCAUGCGGAUGUGAUGCGUCGGUUGUGCUUCGAUGGCUUCUACAGCAAACUGCCCAGCAAUGGAGCUGUAUUUGCCAGCACCUGGAAGAACUGGUCGUAUCUGAAGUCCUUUGCCCAGUCCUACAAAAUGAUGUUUGUGCCGACAGUGGGUCCAGGGUUUGCGGAAAGAAAUAAGUUCCCACGUCAUGGGGACAUACAGAGGCAUCGCAGCAAUGGACGCUAUUAUGGCGUGGCUUGGCGUUCGGCUAUACUCAAUCAUGUGGGAUUCAUCAAUAUAGCGAGCUAUAACAAUUGGCCCGAUGGCAGCCAGAUUGAGGAGGUGAUGCCGCGUGCCGGUUUCCUGGACUACAAUCCCGGUUCGAGGACCAAGUACUUGGAUCUCACGGCCCAUUGGGUGGGCAAUUUUCUAAAGACACGCCAGGAGGCGGCUGCAGCAGCCGCACCCGGCUCGCCACAGAACUGUUAUGAGCUGCUCAAUGGCACAAUUUGCUAAGAAAAAUCUUCCACUAAUGGAUAAUACUAGUGCAAAGUCGGUAUUUACUUUAGAAGCAAUAUAGAAACUCUAUAGAUUGCAGGCCACACAAUUACUUUUCAUAGCCAUAUAUCGGGUCAACUAAUACUUACAAAUAUACAUCACAUAUACAUAAAUAUAUAAUAUAUAUAUAGAGAGAGAUCAAGCAAUAUAUCUGUAAGUCUUUAAGUAGUGAUUAACAAUUAGUAAACGGAUUAAGUAUGCUCAAAUUAUAUCUAAUAGCUAGAAGAGCCACAACACAUUUUUUGGAAACUUUAUUAGCUUUCGAUUAUUGUAACAAUAAUAAGGGAACGAUGGGAGAAUGAAGGAACAACAAUAUCAUAAACAUAAUGCCAUGCCAUAAUAUAUAGAAAAUCAAAUCAAAUGUUAUAUCGGGAUAUUAUACUAAAAACAAACACUUGUUAAACAAUUGGUACUUGACAAAUUUUAACUUUAUUACAAGUCAAAAAAUAUAUAUUAUUAAAUUACUCUAUCU